AUGACAUUUGCGUCCCAAGAAUCCAUAAUGGAAUCCUUCAACAGGGCAGGUCAAAAGCAAGUCUUUACAUACUUUGACUCCUUGUCCGAGCAAGGCCAGCGGAAGCUCAUAAACCAGUUGGCCAAGAUUGAAGAUCCAGUCAACUUGGUCCACACGGUUGAGGAGGCCAUACAGUAUUCAUCAAGUUCAUCUGCUAGAGACUUUACUCAAUUGCCAGAGGAGCUGACAGCUUCAACCGUGGGACUCGACUCUGAAACUCAAGCACACUGGUCCCAAUUGGGGUUUGAGGCCAUUGCCCAAGGUGAAGUUGCAGUUUUGCUCAUGGCUGGAGGCCAGGGCACGCGUUUGGGCUCAAACGAGCCCAAGGGGUGCUUUGAUAUCCAAUUGCCUUCUCACAAGUCGCUUUUCCAAACGCAAGCUGAAAAGAUUUUAAAAAUUGAAAAAUUGACUCAACAUCAACAAAAAACCGGCGAAAAGCAGCCUCGCAUCAUGUGGUAUAUUAUGACCAGUGGACCAACAAGAGAAUCCACGGAAACUUUUUUCCAAAAAAACAACUAUUUCGGCUUGAGCCCGAACCAAGUCAAAUUCUUUAAUCAAGGUACAUUGCCGUGCUUUGACUUGAAAGGAGAAAAAAUCUUGCUUGCUUCUCAGGAUUCAAUCUGCGAGUCUCCAGAUGGUAAUGGCGGGUUAUACAAGGCUUUGCUAGUCAAUGGCAUAUUAGAUGACAUGGUUGCCAAGGGUAUCAAACACAUCCAUGCCUAUUGCGUUGACAAUUCAUUAGUCAAAGUGGCUGACCCUUUAUUUAUUGGCUUUGCCAUUGACCGGAAAUUUGACUUGGCCACAAAAGUCGUGCGUAAAAGAGACGCCAACGAGAGCGUGGGGCUUAUCGUGUUGAAUGACGACCUCAAGAGACCUUGUGUUAUCGAGUACAGUGAAAUCUCACAAGCAUUGGCGGAAAAGAAAGACCCCCAGGACCCAUCCAAGUUGUUUCUUCGAGCUGCCAACAUUGUGAACCACUACUACUCAGUUGACCUUUUAACCAAGAUGAUCCCCAAAUGGACCACAUCUCAAGAAUACUUGCCAUUCCACAUUGCCAAAAAGAAGAUCCCUAGCAUGAAUUUGAAAUCGAAUGAGUUUUAUAAACCAACCGAGCCAAAUGGGAUCAAACUAGAGCAAUUCAUCUUUGAUGUGUUUCCCUCAGUCGAACUUUCCAAGUUUGGCUGUCUUGAAGUUGCAAGACUGGAUGAAUUUUCACCUUUGAAAAACGCCGAUGGCGCCCAGAACGAUACACCAACAACGUGUAGAUUGCACUAUUUGAAAAGAAGCACCGAAUGGAUCAAGAAAAAUGGCGGGCUUUUACAAAACCAAGACGACUUGGUUGAAGUCAGUCCCUUAACUAGUUAUUUCGGUGAAGACUUGGAAAUUGUCAAAGGUAAAACAUUCAAAAACGGUGAUGUUAUUUAA